GAGGAGGCGGAGCUGCUGCCGCCGAGCCGUGAGCGCCGGGGCUGUGGAGGGUGGGGGGAAGACACCGGGAACAGAGCUGUCGCCGCCGCCGCUGCUUCUCUGCGCCAGAUGCACCUCUGCUUGUGAGCAGCAGAAAUCUUGGAAGAUAAGAAGAGGUAACUGAAGCUUGGUUUGGAAAUGCGAAGAUGAAGUUUGAGUCUCGUUCCAGAAUCUGAGAUGCAGUAGAUGGUGCUGAAGCAACACUGAGGCUCCUGAAAUAUCCACAGUCCAUUGUGUAUAUAGGAAGUGCCUGCUGGCUCUCCCAAACGUUGAUGGUCCUGUAUCUUCAAGAGAUGCACUCUGGGAUGAGAAAACACUGACUAUCUUGAGUGUAAACUUGACCUAAGUUCUAAAAAUGGGAAGAAUUUUUCUGGAUCAUAUUGGUGGCACUCGCCUCUUCUCCUGUGCAAACUGCGACACCAUCCUGACCAAUCGCUCCGAGCUCAUCUCUACUCGCUUCACAGGGGCCACGGGAAGAGCCUUUCUUUUUAACAAGGUGGUAAAUCUGCAGUACAGCGAAGUUCAGGACCGGGUCAUGCUCACUGGCCGCCACAUGGUUCGAGAUGUGAGCUGCAAGAACUGCAACAGCAAACUGGGUUGGAUCUAUGAGUUUGCCACUGAAGACAGCCAGCGCUACAAGGAGGGCCGCGUCAUCCUGGAGCGAGCGCUGGUGCGAGAGAGCGAAGGCUUUGAGGAGCACGUCCCCUCCGACAACUCCUGAAGAGACUCCAGCCUCUUCCCAGGUUCUCUUCAACCGAAACUCAAAAAUAAUAAAAUCAACAAAAAAUUCUGCUUACAUACACUGUCACCUUAGCAUCAGAGUCGGCUUCAUGGACUACAGAGUGGGAAAGAUUGUGAGAAUAUAUCAGAUGGACCCUUCCUUUCUUUGUUCUUUUUAUAUUUUACUUUCUCCCUCCAGCAGCUGUUUGUAGAAAGAAUGUUGUGCAGAUGCUGUAACUUUUUCUCUCUUGCAUUUACAUCUGUGUUAGAGUUGAGAUUGUAUCUACAGAUGCAGUGAGCUCAAAGGAAAAUAUUAGCGGGGGGGGGGGGAGGACCUUGUUGUUUUGUUAGAGAGAAAUCCAAUGAGUUGUUUUAGUUUGCACAAAAGUGAUGUCAACCUAAGUUAUUUUAAAACUGCAGAUGGUUUUGGUUUUGUUUCGUUUUGUUUUUUAAAGAAUAUAUUCCAAUGUUUGGCUGAAGUUUUUAGUUAGAUUUUGGGUUGGUGGUUUUGUUUUUGUUUGGUUGUUGUUGUUGUUUUUAUUUUACCCAAUCUUUUCACCUGAUUUGCAAGCUCAAAAGUAAGAGAUCCGAAUUUGUGCCGAGUGCUAAAGGUUCAGUGUUGGUACAGCUUGGGCUGGCCCUUGUGCCAUAUUCUUGUUGAGGUUGAUUGGUAGCACAGAGCCCAUUUAUUUCUUGUCCUUCUUGACCCAAAGACGUCGCCCGUUCCUUGUUUGUUUGUGGAGUCCCAUUCACCAUGUAAACUGGUGUGGAUUGGAAAACUAUUCUUCAAAUAGGGCAAAACUGCUUGGCUGCUUUUUUUUUAACUUUAACUGAUGUAACUUAUAAGCAUAGUAAUAAUACUUAAAAAAAAAAGCUGUCUGUUUAGUCUUGAGUUGCUUACAGGUCAAGCUGUGUUUGUAACCAUAGGGAUCCACCGAGAAGCUACUGUUGGAGUAGUCAUUCAGUAUUUCCCCCCCCCCCCCCCAGUUUCUCUACUAAUCUUAUUAAAUAGACAAGGAAUUGCAAAUCUUAAUUCUUCUUCAAAUAGCUUUCUUUAAACCCUGAAACUUCCUAUGUUAAACACAGCUGCUGUGUAAAAGGAGAAGAUUGCCAACAUGUUUGCUCAUGCCUAGAGUUAUGCAAUCUGCAUCUCUUGAAAAGAUUUGACUUAAACAGCUUGUUUUCAAAUGCUGCUUCUGGUGUUGAAACUUUGAUCUUUCAACUUUGUUGAACCUUUUCAUUGUGAUGUUACAUUUAUUUUUAUCUUUCUGGGCAGCAGUAGGUGUCAGCCUAGUAGUAACUAGUGACUUGGAUUCCUGCUUUCUUUGUGUAGAGCUCAGCUCUGUUCCAAAUAGUGAUCCUUCUUGCCUUUUUUCAGCAAAAAUGCUCUUCAUUAACUCAAGGGUGCCCAAACACUUCGAUUGUGUCUUAAGCCAUAAGUUAAGAUCUCAAAAGGGCUGAAAUGUAAUUGAAUGUUAGCUAUGUGUUAUUCUUUAGCAAAGAUAAAAGGCUGGCUUUUUGUUACUGGAUAAAUUUUGGUCGACAUGAAAUAAGUUACCCCCAGAUGUAAAAGGUGAGGGGGAGGGGAAACCCCCAACCACUCAGAUAAACAGAGCUGGGCUCUGACCUUUCAGAAUAAUUUUUUUCUUCACUAGCUACAGCUCCACAUCUGAAAACAAAAUGUGGAGGGUGACUAUGCCAAGUAUUUUCCUUCUUUAUUUCUUUUAUGUUGCCAAGUGGCAAUUUGGAUACCCCUGACUUUAAUUUACUGCCUAUUUCUUGUGAAAGUAGCUUUUCACAUAGAAAGAAAACGGAGUAGAUCACAUACCAGAGCUGUGCUUGAAUCAAGCUGCUUAAACAAUAGUGUACUUGUGCCUCAAAUGAAUCAGUUUUUGCACUGAGUACAGUAGUACCCCAUUAUCUUCUGUCUUUCACAAACCCUAAAUGCCCCAUUAGCAUGGUUCUCUGCAGUACUUUUCUGUACUUCUGACAUUACAAUAAAGUAUGUUUUGUCCUGAA